UUUUGCAAAGCAAGCUAUGUUGUAUUUUCAGUGAAAGUAUGAACAAGAACUAUUGUCAAGUGUUCGUUCGCUGCAAGGCCACACACGAUCAACCAUUAUGGAUGGCCAACACCGACAGUCUCACUAGCACAGAGGACAACAGCCAACAGUUUGUGUUCUCUCAAAUUCUAGAGGAGGGGGUCAGUCACAGAGAGCUGUAUGAGCAAGCAAUAUCCUCCAAGGUGGACUCCUUACUGGAUGGCAGUCACUCUAACCUCGCAGUGUUAGCCUAUGGUCCGUCUUGUGGGGGCAAGUCCCAUACAGUGUUUGGUACCUCAGGUCAGACGAGGGUCAAAGAGGAAGCAAGGGGAGUUAUCUAUCGCUGUGGUGACCAUCUCCUGAGGGCGCUGGUGGACAAGAGAAGUGCUGUAGCUGUUUCUUUCCUGCAAGUAUUUGAUGAUGGGAGAGUGGCCGAUCUGUUUGAUACAAAGAAGCGAAGUAUGGAGAUUGUUGUUGAUGAAAGCAGCCUCAAUUACUGGCCACCAUCAGCCUCCCAACAGAAGGUCAGCUCCUCUCAAGAGUUACUACGACUGAUUGAGAAAGGAUAUCUGAUAAGAAAUGCCACUGGUUGUGUGAGAGAGCCUCAGAAGAAGUCUGGUCUAUCGUCCAUCAAGCCUCUUCCAUUACAGCAGUAUCGCCCCCAUUCCUCUCAUGCUGUGUUCAGAUACAAUGUUCAGCUACAACUGACUGAUGAGGUUCAAGUGUGUACAUUGUGUGUGGUUGACUUUGCUGGCCGGUCCAUUGACAACCCCUCUACUGAUCCUGGCAUUGAAACACUGAUGCGUAUCAUACACUCGCUAGCCUCUGAUGCUACACUCUUCCCAAAGACAAGUCUAACAAAAUUACUCAAGCCGUGUUUUGGUGGAAACUGUGAUACUAUUGCCAUUGCCAACAUUUCUCUUAGCAGUGCCUCAGUGAAUAGUUUGCAGCUUCUCUCACAGGCUAUGAAGAUUAGGAACUUUGCAAAGAAGACGAUCAUUCCUCUGUCCCAGAGUGAGCUCCUCUACUCAGAGAGUGGGUCCUCCCUAGUUGGUACUGAAGAGGCACACCAGAAGAAUGGUGGAGUCAUCAAACUGACGAGUAGGAAGCCUCCACUGCCACUUGACCCCCCGCAUACUCUAAUACCCCCUGAACAUUCACUGUCACUUGGCCCCCCACAUAGUCUAGCACCCCCUGUGAAGCGUCCACUGCCAGCCAAACUAACAUCUCUCAAGCCACUCCCCUCACCACUGUUUGUGGCAGCAAGAGCUCGAGGCAACUCAGCAAAGCCUGAAGAUAACUCAAGCCAAGAUUCUAUUUCGUUAGAUUCAGACACUGAUUCCAGUGCUGAGAGUGCCAUGGCUUCUCCUCUACCGGUCCCCAGUGGCCCGCCCCCUCCACCACUGAGGGGAAUCCCCCAUUUCAAUCCAGACUCCCCCCUCUCCUCUCAGCUGACGACCACACCUCUCAUCCCCAGUAUAGCUGCGAGACCAUCCUCAGCCAAAGUGACUAGAAGUGCUCCACAGGACAACUCGCUACAGCAGAGGGGACAAGAAUGUACAGAUCCUGUGAGCAAUAGUCCCAACGUUAACGCUAGGAGAAAACUGUUUCCAGCUAUAAAACGUUCAGAGGAACUUCCCAAACUACUCCAACCAUUGACCAUCAGACCAGGGACGAGAUUACCUGCUAUCACAAGAGUUGCACCCACCAGAGAGCUGCUACAAACACCAGUCCUCCCUCCACAAGUACGAGAAGAUAUCAUGCCCCAUUCCCAAACAAUGGCACCUGAUGGACCCCCCACAUAUGUUAUGCCAGCGGGUGGACCCCCCACACGACAUGUUAUGCCACCUGAUGGACUCACCACACAUGUUAUGGCCGCUAAUGGACCCCCCACGGUAAACGAGAGGUCAGAGGGCAGUCUUGGUGACGUCAGUAACACCUCCUCCAGUUCUGUGAGCCUCUCCAGUGAUAGUGACAGCGAGAUGAGGGACAGCUUCAGUCAAGAUAUGCAGCCAAGAGCUCUGGCUAUACACGGCCGCCCCUUCAGUGGUAGACAGCUACCAUUGGACCAGCCUCCCUCGUAUCCUGGUACCACCACCAGACACCCACCAGUCUUCACCACACCACACGGCCCUGGAGAGCCCAGCGAUCAUGAGGUAGUUCCUCAAACACUGAGCGAUGCAGAGAUCCACUUGGCAGCCAUGGAAGGCGUGAGAGUGUCAGAGAUGAAGAGGCUGGCUAUUCAAUACGGGGUGGACUACAAAGAUCAAGGUGGACGCACUCCCCUCAUGUACGCAGUGCUAGGCAACCAACCCAAGGUGUGUGAACAACUGGUCAAACUGAGAGCAAGUCUCAACAUGAAGGAUGUCUCUGGCCUCACUCCACUGCUCUGGGCCACCUUCCUAGCCAGACCAGAGGUCGUUAGAAUCCUGCUCAAGGGAGGUGCUGACCCAUCCUGCACUGACCUAGGAGGGAGGACAGUGUUCCAUUGGGCAAUGAAGACUCCCAACCUCCAUUGUCUCAAGUGGUUAUGCAAGCACGCCAACCAUCCAACUCUUAUCAACCAGCUGGAUGGGGAUGGACUGGCUGCACUUCACUGGGCAGUUAUGGGCGACCAAGCUCAGCACAUUAGACACCUUCUCACCACCACAAAUGCUGAUGUCAGCAUUAAGGACAGAGACGCCAGACCACCUCUCACAUACGCAGUCCUCAACUUUUCUCCAGCUUGCAUCAGAGCCAUCCUCGAGCUGAGGGAGUCUGUAGUGAACCUGACUGAUCAUCAAGAGAGGACCGCCCUCCAUUACGCCUGUGCAGAGGGAUCAGCUGACUGUGUACGAACACUACUCUCCUUUAGAAGCUGCAACCUUCACUGCACUGACAGCAACGGGACCACCCCCCUCCACUGGGCUGCUGCUGGGAACCAACCAGGCCUCAUACAGCUACUCAUAAGACGAGGGGCAGACAGGGCUCAGUGUGAUCACAGCGGGAUGACCCCACUAGACCACGCCCAGGAGAGAGGACACACGGACUGUAUCAAAGUGCUCCACACAUAUGGACUAAGACGUCACUCUUCAUCACUCUCCAUCGCCUCACACGCCCCCAUACCCACACAUGGUGGAGCCCCGCCCACUUAUGACGAGCAAGGUCAUGUGAUCAUGAGAUGGCCCCAUCAGAGGAUUUCGUUGUCCGUCCAUCGUCAACCAGCUGAUGGACAGGAUGAGACAGACCAUACCGGCUUGCAGGGUGACUUGGUAGUCAGAGGCCACACCCCCACCACACCCCCUAAUGGCGGCACUAGGAGGAGGCUCUCUCGAUUAUUCUGCUGCUGUAGAAACAAUGUAGUUGCACCAUUGACAUGACUAUAUAAACUUGCUUUUUAUUCAUGUAAAAUUGGAUGAUAAAAUAGAUAAUGAUCACAACACAUGUAUCAACCCAACAAGAUAAUA